AAAUUCUACCAUGGUUUGAUAUUAAGUCAAAAAAAAAAAAAAAUUUCUAUUUACGGAUUUAUACUCGUGCAAUCCCGCUCACUUCAUGCCCUCGACUAUCUCCUUCCCUCCCUCGCUCCCUCCAGCUGAUCAUCUCUCCCUCAGAAUAUGAGAAACCCCAUCAACAAAUAUUUUUGUCUCCAGAACUCUUCAAUUUUCGCUCUUCUAUUUCUUUCCUUAUUGUUACACCAGACUCUCCUCAUCUCUGGAAACUCACCAUCUCUUCUUAUCGACAACAUAACUCUUGAUUGUGGCUCGGCCAGCGAGGGACAUGCACGAGAUGGCCGAAUCUGGACUGCAGAUGCCAAUUCGACAUUCUUGCUUCUAGAUCCAACCAACGCCUCAAAAAUAUCCUCAGCUGUUAAAUCUCCUAUGAAUGUUGAUGCUGUACCAUAUAUAACUGCACGUCUUUCGCGCUCCGAAUUCACUUAUGUAUUUCCCGUGACCUUUGGGACAAAAUUCAUUCGCCUCUACUUUUAUCCAUCUUCCGACCCUUAUUUCAGCAGGUCAAUCCCUUUUUUCUCUGUCAAAGCCAAUCGCUACACCCUUCUUAGUAACUUCUCUGCCCAUAAUGCCCAGGAUCCUGGCUCAGAUGGGUUUGUUAAAGAGUUCUGCUUAAAUGUUGAAGAUGGUGAAACGUUGAACAUAUCAUUUGCUCCGACUCCUGGCGUGACUGAGGCUUCUGCUUUCGUCAACGGGAUUGAAAUCGUAUCCAUGCCAAACAAACUUUAUUACACAGACGACGGGUUCAAAUUUGUUGGCAGCGGGAACAACGAAAGCAGCAACCAAAGCAAUACUGCUUUGGAGCUGAUGUACAGAAUAAAUGUGGGGGGCGGAUACAUCUCAUCCCUAAAAGACACUGCAGGAAUGUUUCGAAGCUGGAAUAGUGAUGAUGAUUAUUUAACUAUUGCAAAACCAAGCGCGGUGCUUUAUAACAACACCAUUCAACUUACAUACCGAAACAACAUGACUCAUUUCGCUGCACCCGAUGGAGUAUAUCAAACUGCGCGGUCGAUGGGGCCGGACAAGAAGACCAAUGAAAACUACAAUCUCACUUGGGACUUUCAGGUCGAUUCUAAGUUCACUUAUCUUGUUAGGCUUCACUUUUGUGAAAUUCAACCGCCAAUAACUAAAACGGGAGACAGAAUUUUUUAUAUAUACAUAGCUACUCAAAUUGCGGAGUCUGAAGCUGAUGUAAUUGAAUGGAGUGGUGGAAACGGCUUUCCUGUCUUCAAAGAUUAUGCGGUGACGAUUGAACCAGAGGGAAACGAAAGGGUACAAAAUAUCUCUAUCGCACUGCAUCCCAGGCCUGAAAUAAGUGGUUACUCUGAUGCCAUUCUGAAUGGGCUUGAAAUCUUCAAAUUGAGUAAUGCCGAUAAUCUUGCGGCACCAAAUCCUGACAUACCUCCAAUUAAUCCACCAACUGCAGCAACUUCCAGUCCCAAAUCAACAAAAUCGAAAAAUAAUCGGACAACAAUAGGUGCCAUUGUUGGUGGUUCUGUAUCGGGCUUUUUGGUACUGUCUUUCCUGUUGUUCGUGAUUUUCCGGCGAAGACGAAAAGUCAAGGACUCGGGUUCUAGUGAUGCAGCUUCAUGGUGGGGUCCAUUUUCGGUAUCUUCGACCAAGUCUGCAAAGACCCAGGCCUCAACUCUACCUUCUGAUCUUUGUCGCCGCUUUUCACUGGCAGAGAUUAAAGAGGCCACCAACAACUUUGACAGUGUAUUCAUUAUCGGGGGCGGAGGAUUUGGUAAUGUGUACAAAGGGCUGAUUAAUGAUGGGGCCACCACCGUUGCGAUCAAAAGAUUGAAUGAAGGGUCGCAACAAGGGGCAAACGAGUUCAAGACGGAAAUUGAGAUGCUAUCCCAACUUCGAUAUCUUCAUUUAGUGUCGCUAAUUGGUUAUUGCUACGAAGAAAAUGAGAUGGUCUUAGUUUAUGAUUACAUGGCUCGGGGAACCCUUCGCGAUCACCUCUACAAGACCGACAAUCCUCCACUUUCAUGGAAUCAACGGCUAGAGAUUUGCAUUGGUGCAGCACGCGGGUUGCAGUACCUUCAUUCAGGCGCCAAGAACACCAUAAUUCACCGUGAUGUGAAGACAACAAAUAUCUUGUUGGAUGAGAAAUGGGUUGCCAAGGUUUCAGAUUUUGGAUUGUCCAAAAUAGGUCCUACUAGCAUGUCAAAGCCGCACAUCAGCACAGUGGUGAAAGGCAGUUUCGGCUACUUGGAUCCUGAAUAUUACCGACUUCAGAGAUUGACAGAAAAAUCUGACGUCUACUCAUUUGGGGUUGUACUGUGUGAAGUGUUAUCUGCAAGACCCCCUGUGAAUCGAUCGGCUAUUAAUAAGCCUGCAAGCUUAGCAGAGUGGGCUAGACAAUGCUACCGCAAUGGGACAUUUGAUGACAUAAUUGAUCCAUAUCUACAAGGAAAGAUUGCACCAGAUUGCCUGAGAAAAUUCGCUGAGGUUGCAAUCGGUUGCUUGCUCGACAAUGGAGUGGAAAGACCAUCAAUGAGCGAUGUGGUUUGGGGUCUUGAGUUUGCAUUACAACUACAGGAAACUGCUAUCAAGCAGUGCGAACUUCCCAUCAAAAUUGACAAUGAUAUGGAGAGCCCCCUAAAGGGUACCUCAGUUAUUGAUAGCAGCGAUGAUAUGUUCAGUAGUGGCAGUGGGCUUAUGAUAGGUUCCCGGCUUAGUGGAAUGACAUUUACAAGCAGCAACGAUGAGCAAAGUUUUCUCAGCAACAAUUCUGAGAAUGUAAAGUCUGGUGCUAUAUUUUCUGAGAUCACCAACCCAACAGGGCGAUAAGAAACGUUCUAUUUUGGUUGCUAUAAGUUAGUGUAAUAUGUAGAGCCUUGAGAUAAGCUUUUCCAUGUUUGUAGCUCAUGAUGUGUCUGCUGUAAGAGUUUGCUUGUUCUUAAAUUUCAUUUUGAUAAUUUUCUUCUGUA